AAACUUCAACAAAGUUGUUUUGAUGUUGGCAACAUCACACAACCUUUGGACUUUUUUUACAUUUCUGGUGCUGGUUGAACAUUAAUUCAAGUGAAAAUGGCUCGUGUUUUAGUAGGUGUGAAGCGCGUUAUCGAUUAUGCCGUUAAAGUACGUGUUAAGCCUGAUAAAACAGGCGUUGUUACUGAAGGUGUCAAGCAUGCCAUGAAUCCAUUCGAUGAGAUUGCUGUUGAGGAGGCUGUUAAGAUGAAAGAGAAAAAAUUAGCAUCAGAAGUCAUCGCGGUAUCAAUUGGCCCAACACAAUCUCAGGAAAUUAUACGCACUGCAUUGGCUAUGGGCGCAGAUCGUGGGUUACAUGUAGAGGUUUCUGGUAAAGACUAUGAGCUUUUACAACCAGUGCAUGUAUCAAAAAUAUUGGCCAAAUUGGCAUUGGAUGAGAAAGCUGAUUUAGUAAUACUUGGCAAACAAGCUAUUGAUGAUGAUAGCAACCAAACUGCACAGAUGACAGCAGCUGUUUUAGAUUGGCCACAAGGGACAUUCUGUAAUAAAAUUGAAAAAACUGAUUCUGGACUAACAAUAACACGUGAAAUCGAUGGUGGUUUGGAGACUAUUAAAACCAAAACACCUGCUGUCUUAAGUGCUGAUUUACGUUUAAAUACUCCACGUUAUGCAACACUACCUAAUAUAAUGAAAGCCAAAAAGAAGCCAUUAAAGAAAGUCACACCAAAAGAUUUGGGUAUUGACACAACUCCACGCAUUGACGUCAUAUCCGUUGAAGAUCCACCUGUACGCCAAGCUGGUGCUGUGGUAGCCGAUGUAGAUGCUUUGAUUGCCAAAUUGAAAGACGGUGGUCAUAUCUAAUUUAUGUGCGAAGCUUAAAAAUAAAUAUGCUACGGACAAUAUUAAAGUGCAUUUAUUAAAUUACUUUUAAUUUUUGUUUGUGAAUUUGAAUGAUUUUUUUAUCGGCAAUUUAUACAAAUGAUAUAAUUUUAAGAGAAACUGUUUUUGUAACUAAAAUAUGAACUAUUAUAGUUUAAAUAUAACACCUCAAUUAAAAUUUAAAAAAUGCGUUGAAACUAAAUAUAUAAAGAAU